AUGGUUGGCUUUCCCUUCAUCGGCGCGUCCAUUGGACUGGAAAUCCUACUGCUGAUGGUUGUGAUUCCGGAACAUCGCAGACCGAAAGAUUGCUACACUUUCGCAGAUACCGUAAUAUCGCUGUUGAUGGGUUUGCUCUCCUUGCUAGUGUCCAAGAUUGCCUUUGUGUCAUACGUGCCGAUGUGCUACACCUUCGUGUACAACUUGAUUCAUGGCACUGGGCACGAUCACAAAGACUUCGCUCUUGCGGGUGAUCACGUAUUGGGCGGAUUGAGCAACGACGAGAACAAUGCUUCUUCAACAGGAGGUCCUGGCGUAACAUCUUCUCCUCCAAGUCCAAGUCUAACAUCAGUUGGAGCAGCCAGUACCAGCUUUUUUGCCGCAGACGCUUCUUCGGCUUUGUCUUGGUCUUUCGCCAACGAUUUCCUCGGAUUCAAUGAGGCUAACAGUGUGCCUGCGUUUUGGUUGGCCCUUCUUGCGGCAGACUUGUGGUACUACUUGGUCCACCGUUGGUGCCAUGUCUCUAGCUGGAUGUGGACGGUCCACGCGGUCCAUCACAGCACGGAAGAAUUCAACAUCACCGCGGGACCGCGCGAAGGCUUUCUCUACUGGGUCACGCCCUAUUUUCUCGCUGUGAACUUACCCCUAGCAGUCUUCUUCCCACCGCAAAUUGCGCUGGCAGCUGUAUCCAUCAUCAGCAUCUGGCCCAUUACCCUGCACACUGUUACCUUCCCAGAAGGCAUCGUAUACGGGUCAGCGCUCUGUGCCAAAGAUCAACAAGUAGCAACUUCACCAAAAUCAAAAAAGACUGACGACGUAACCAAUGACGUGGUACUUCUAGAUGCGUGUUACGGACGCAGAAUAGAGAAUCAUCUCGUGUAUUACUGGUCCUACAUUCUGAACAACCCCAGUCUUCAUCGCAUCCACCACGCGCGCAACAGUGACAGGCUUGGAAAGAACUUCGGUUCAAUCCUUGCGAUUUGGGACUACGCUUUUGGCACUUGGGAGCCGGAGAUCAUUCAUCUUCAAGAGUCUAUCCCGGCCCUCCCAAAUACGGAAACUACAGCUUCCUCUCCGCAAAAGAACAAAGUAGCACUAGAUGACAAAGAUGACCUAGAAGACAACGCAAACAACACGACUCCAGUGAGGAAGGCUCUUUUUGGCGAAAGCAGCGAAAUCGAAGAAGCCAACAGCUCCUCCACGAACCAAGAAACCGAGUUCCGACAAAGAAGACAGCAACAGAAAAGCGCGGUCAUGAAUACGCGGGACGACAUUUACUACGGCAUUGUCCCAGUUAUUAGAGUCACUGAGGGCGCAGGCGUGUGGUGGAACAACUGGAUGCCAUUUUGGCACAUGUUUCAGGUGCAGACAGCGGAAUACGGCCAAAGCUCUUGCCUGGCGCUCUGGUAGGAAUGAUUUUUUUCGCUCAACACACAUGAAAACGUACGACAGCCCACAUCAUCCUGAUUUUGUAAAAUAUUAAGCCGCUGUUCAAGUGGGAGUACUUGAGCCCAUCAUAGUGACUUCUGUGUUGACAGCCAAUCUUUACUGACAUCACACUUCAUCUCACACACAGGGCACACUGGACACCUGGCCCCGAGUCACAAUGUCCGAAGCUUGGGUCUCGGCUGAAUCCAACCGACAAAGUAGUGCUGGAUUCGGAAAGACAUACUCCGGAUGCCUUGGCAAGCAACAGUCUCUCACUUCUCGGAACUACAAACGGCGAUAUCUUGUCAGCGCCUUUACUAGCCCAUGGAGGAGGAGCGGGAAGCCCGACAUCACCAUCAGUCGUACACGCGCGAGGAAAUCGACAGGCAGGGUCGGAGUCCCCGUCCUCUCUGUCGUCGACACGUCCGGCUGGUUCUUAUCAACGAGGCACACAUACGGCUACUUCGAAUGAGGUUUUUUCCUUCUGGGCGCGCGUGAUGUACGUGUCAUUGCACUCCGCGUUGUGUUUAGCUGUGGGUAUCUGGUUGCUGAUGGCGAACUGGGAUGAGCUAACGAUUUUCGACACGCCACUCUCGGACACGACCUUGACAAUCGCGGUCUUUUUGGCGGUCUUCUAUCAUUGUGAAUCCGUAUCAAAAGUGCUAGAAACCGUGGUGAUCGCACCAAGUGGCACUACCCAGGGAGGCUACUCGGCGUCGUCAGCGGCUCAGCACUGGCUAUCGUGGCAUCCUUGCUGUCUCGUGAUCAACGAGGUUGUUCGAAAUCUCUCGCUAGUAGCCCUUCUAGUCGCCUACCAGAGCACCGCAGUACCUGUGUAUCUCCUCGUGCAUAUCGCGAUUCUGCUCUUCGCAUCUUACGCGGUGUCGCCCGUGCUUGAACUACACGGUGGAAAAACAGCGAAAGAACAGCAUUCGCGUGCCGCUCGCUCGUUUGAAGUGACUGCAACGCGGUUGUAA